CAAAGGCUGAGAUAAAGAGAGAGAUGUGGAUGUGUAUAAUGCAUUGGAUCCUUCGCCGAAUGGGUUUUAAAGUCUCUCAUAUCUCUCUUUCUUUCUCUCUCUAUCAAGAAAGCCCUUGAGGGCUAAAGUCCAAACAAGGUUGAAGAAAUCACUUAAAAGAGAAAAAAAAAAAAAAUAGAUAGUGAUUUUCUAAAAAUAUUGUUGGCAUUACGUUUCUUCUUAGGCUAGGAUUGUCAGUCCUCACUAGUUUUUUUUAGAUUUCUUCGUCUUCUUCUUCUUCAUCUUCUUGUCCUUUUGUCUUGGUCCUUUCUUUAUUCCAACACCAAGUUGAUAUUCUGUGUUUUUAACGCCUUUUCUCUUCAUGUUCUCUGAGUUCAAGUCACUUUCAUUCAUGGGUGUGUCUGAUUCUCAGAUGUUUCUCACUGAGAAAGAUCUGAAUUCCAUGGAAUUGAAUUUCCUAGUACGACCCACGUUGGAUUUUCAAGACCAGUGUCCAACAGCACCUUCAGAAGAAGAAAAAGAAGAUCACGAGCUUUUUAAAAGGCCAGAAGUGAAAGAAGAAGAAAAACAAGAAGAAGAAGAAGAUAAAUGCAAGAUUUCAGUUUCCUCGUUGGAGGUCAAAGUUCCAUCUCUAGGAGAAUUGAGGGACGUGGAAGAUGAUGACGAUGGGUUCAGGACUCCAACUUCUUUGGAUCACAAAAUUCCAGAGAGCCUUCAAUGCCCACCUGCACCAAGAAAACCAAAACCAAUUCCAUCUACAAAAAGAAAAGCCGGUCGAAGAAGAAUUAUGCUUGAUCUAUCAAAUGAGAUCGACUCAUUGUUUCCUCCAGCUCUUCUAGUAGAUCUUCGUGUUAAGAUUAAGAGAAUUAGACGAGGAGAUGAAACCAAAUGAUGGUUAAUUUUCUGUAUGUUAUGUGAAGCAAAUUAUGUUUUUUUUUCUUUUUUUUUUUUUUUUUUUUUUUCUUUUUAAGGUGUAAUUUUCCACAUGAAACAGUAUUUUAUCUAUGAAAAUGGUGUUGUCAUAAAUGUUAUUUCUUCUUCAUUUUCAUAUUUAA